UCUCUGUUGCUAUGCGGAGUUCAGCUCUCUGACACAGCACCAGCACCAGCAUGGAUGAGAGGCCAGCAACAGAUGCUGCACAGCUAGGCUUGCGUCCCUAGAUCGAGUUAGGAAGGCAGGACCCAAGAAGGGGGGGAAGAUCAGAAGAAGGGACAGGAGAAGAAGGGGAGGGAGCGCAGGGAGGAGGGGGGGGGAGAGAUUGAAAGAAACACCCCUCAAACCCAGCGGCAAGUCAUCGCCUCUCCCAACAAGGCAUCCAGUCUUGGAUCGUCCACCGUGGGCUGAGCAUCCUCUUCAGCCAUGGCGAAGCAAGAAGCCAACGGGGUAGUGAAUGGAGAGGCAACCAUGACUUGCCAUGGAAAAGAAGAGAACACUUUAGGAUCAACAGCAGGAGGAGGAGAGGAGAAAGUUGGAAGGAAUCAAGAGAUUGUUUGGAGGAAUGUCAUCUUGAUGGCCCUGCUUCACAUCGGGGCUGUCUAUGCCCUCUUCCUCAUUCCCAAGGCCCAUCUGUUUACUCUCAUCUGGGCAUACUUGUGUUUCCUCAUGUCUGCCCUGGGGGUGACAGCCGGCGCUCAUCGCCUGUGGAGUCAUCGGUCCUAUAAAGCCAAGCUGCCUUUGCGGAUAUUCCUGGCUGCGGUCAACUCUAUGGCAUUUCAGAAUGACAUUUUUGAAUGGGCCCGAGACCACCGAGUACAUCACAAAUACUCAGAGACAGAUGCUGACCCCCACAAUGCCCAGCGUGGCUUCUUCUUCUCACACAUUGGCUGGCUGUUUGUCCGGAAGCAUCGAGAUGUCAUUGAGAAAGGAAGGAAGCUGGAUUACAGUGACUUACUCGAAGACCCAGUUGUUAUGUUUCAAAGAAAGCAUUAUAAGAUCUCAGUUGUGCUGAUGUGUUUUGUCGUACCUACUCUCGUGCCUUGGUACUUCUGGAGGGAGAGCUUAUGGAAUUCAUACUUUCUUGCAUCAAUCCUCCGUUACACCAUUUCGCUCAACGUCGCCUGGUUGGUCAAUAGCGCUGCUCACAUGUAUGGCAAUCGGCCCUACGACAAGACCAUCAAUCCCCGGCAGAACCCCUUCGUCACUUUUGGAGCCAUCGGUGAAGGUUUCCACAACUACCACCAUACCUUUCCAUUUGAUUAUUCAGCGAGCGAGCUUGGCUUGAAAUUCAACCCGACCACAUGGUUCAUUGACUUCAUGUUUUGGUUGGGUUUGGUCACCGACCGGAAGAAGACUCCAAAAGAGAUGGUCGAAGCUCGCAAAGAGAGGACUGGAGAUGGCAGUUCUUGAAAAAUCAGAAAUACUCUUAACAUUGAUGCUGCUGUAUGUGUUGUUUGUAUUUUUCUUCAUGGGGGAAGAGGGGGCUGUCCACCCCCAAAUUUCCCCUUAGGAUGGAAAUAGUAUUUCUCAUUGAACAUAGGCCAAAUUAAUUCUUGGAUUAAUUCCAUCUCUUUUUUUCUUUGAGUGCAAUGGUUUUCAAAUUUAUUAAGAGGCAGACAACAUUUUUCCAUACUAGCUCAUCUUUUCAGAAACUCCAGAGAGUUACAGAGAAUUCUAGGGCCGAUGUCCAAAGAUGAUGAAGGCGGAAGCUUGUGAGAUCCAUUUUGCUUUUUUUACUAGAACUUUAGGACCUGCCAAACAAAAUAAUAGCUGAGGCAGAUCCAAAGCACUUGGAAAAAAUAGUUCCUUUUUGGAACUGCAAUAUCAGUACAGUAUCUUCCAUCCAGCAUGGCCAGUUCCAAAAAAAAAA